AUGAACUCUCCACUUUUGAUUGGAUCACUUCCAAACAGUAUCACAUCAAUCAUGUUCACAUCAAACUUUCAUCAACGAUUGGAUAUCGGUGUACUUCCAGUCAGCUUGACAUCACUCAAGUUUUAUCGAUACGAUCAUUCAAUCCAGAUCGGCCUGCUCCCAUCUGGACUUCGAACACUGGCUUUGGAAUACUUGUUCAAUCAUCCCAUAAUCAUUGGAUCACUUCCAAAUAGUAUUACAUCACUUCAGUUUGGUUACUUCAAUCAACCUUUGGCAAUCGGCUCACUCCCGUCCACACUCAGAUCAUUGAACCUGGGAGCCAAGUACAGUUGUCCUAUACUUCCUGGCGUGCUCCCUGAAGGCCUAACAUCACUUACACUGUGGGAACCUUACAAACAUAAAUUGAAUGAUGGUAGUAUCCCGCCAUCAGUGACUCGUCUUCACAUUCAUGGAAUACGUCCACCAUCCCAACUUCCAGAGUCCAUCACGGAUCUUACGCUGGCCAGGUCAUUCGGCCCCCGUGUGCCUCUUCCCAAAUCAAUCAAACAUUUCAGUCUCGUUGGAGGAUGCCGAGCAGAAUCAAACUCACCAAAAGAWUUACCGCGACUACCU